GGCCUGAAAUCGAUCAAGGCCUGAUAGUUCAGUGGUAGAAUUCUUGCUUUGGGUUGUCUAAUCUGAACUGUAGUUCUUUUAGCUAUUUUAAAAUAGAAUAUAAGAUUCAUAAGCUGGUCGCAAAGUGUAUGGUUGGGGAGUUCACGUGGCAGUUCUUCAUUUACAAUACAAUUCAUUCAUGGUGCUGCUUUAGAUGUGGGGUGAGCAACAUUAUAGCGGCGAGCGGAACCACAUGGAGAGGCACAGAGGCACGAGAGGAUGGAUAUCUUGAUACAAGUAGAUAGAUACCUACCUAGGUACUUGUGCAAAUACCCGAAAUGCUCAUAAAUAUUGAACAAGACUAUGGCCUCGAUGCGACUACAGCCAACUCAGUACUUCUGUCUAACUGGGGAAUUCCCCGAACAAAAUCCCUCAUGUCUUCUCACGCCCUUUAAUCCCCAUGUUUGCUGACGCCCUUCAGUCCUCGGUUGGGGACUACCUGUCAUGGUUGGUAGUCCAUUCAACAGGCGGUCUUCGAUCUCCUAACUUGGCCUAUCUAUUAUUCUCGGGUAUCGGAAUAUGGACUAAUUGUCAGAUUCGUGGGAAUCUUAUAAAAGUACGAAGCCGGAAAUCUUAUAAGUAUCAAUCCUUUCAUCGACCCUUUCAACUCUGCAAUAUUAAAGAUAUUCAACAUGGGUUCAAUCAACCCCACCAACUCCUCAAAACCUCAAAUCGUGCUAAUCCCUUGGGAUCCUACCUCUCCUGAACAUGUUGAACGACUAGUACGACAACGCAUUGCUUGCGGAUGGGAUUCUGAAUGCGUUGAAUCAUGGAGGAAAGCUCAAGAAAAUGGAAAGCUCAAUAAUCAAUGGAUUGUACUUGCGGAUUCUGAUCCCGAAAAGGAUACCAAAAUACUCAAACAUACUGAGAUGUAUCCCCAAGAGAAAGAACCUUUAGUUGACUCUGCGGCUUCCUUUGGAGGUAAACUUCGGGACAUCCCCUCACCGCAGAGAACUUUCAUUCCGAUUGGACAUAUCUGUUUAGGCCCUCCAUCCGAAAAUUAUUUGAAUCUCGGAUAUGUUCCUAAAACAGAAGGGUUCUACUGGAUAUCCAUUUUUUACAUCUCGCGUGCUCUUCAAGGAACCGGACUGGGAAAAGUUGCCAUGGAUACAAUCGAGAAUAUAGCCAUAUCUGAACCACUGUGCGCCAAGACUCUAGGUUUGAAUGCGAUAAACAAAGUCGACCCAGGAAGAGAAGAAAAGUAUAAAGCUUUGAACUUGGUCAUUCCCCCGUUUUCCAACCAAGAUUGGUAUGAAAGAAGGGGUUACAAAGUUUACAAAAAUAUGGAAAACUUCUUUGGCCCACAAGUUGAUCCGACAGGAAAAUCCUGGUAUUGGAAUGCUGUAUUUUUGAAGAAGGAGAUUUCCCAUUAGACUGAGAUUUGACCAGAAAGUCAGAAGAUACUGUCAAUUUGGUUCCCGCAGGACGAAACCCGGGACGUUCAGAACUUACAGUGUUUCAUAUGUACACACAUAUGUGUAUCACGUAUUAUAUAUUUGCAUACGAAUUAAUAUCAAAUAGCGUACGAAAACA